CAUGAAACAAUAACAAAAUUAUAUACUUGUUAGUAUAAUAUAUAGCAAGCUGCAGCGUUUGAUAUUUUGAUAUUUUAUUGGACUUUAAACUUCAAUUGAUUAUUGAUAUUAUCAUAAUAUUAAAUUUAGUAAUAUUUUUAUCCACUAUCCUAGACCCUAGUUUAAGUGUAUUCUGUAUUUAGUAAUUAGUAUUUGGAUAACACUAGACAGUCAGUGUCUCUCACGCCAUGCCGUCACCGAACAUGAUCUCCGAACCACUCGACGUCAGUUUUGUCAUCGAAGAGCUCGAAAACGACGAGAUCCAAGAGGGCUGUCUGACGGCCGAACAGUACACAAAAUUGUUUUCUGCCUACUUGUACACCAACGAACUGUGCGCCGCAAAAUUCUUGUGGCGCCGUGUGCCCGAGCCAGUCAAAGCCGAUCCCGAAUUGCAUAAAGUCUGGUCUAUUGGCAAAGCCCUCUGGGCGAAACACUACACACAAGCAUAUGAACUGAUUGACUGUAAAUGGUCUAACGUACUGGAACCUAUCAUGAUUGCGAUCAAGCGUCGCAUCCAACAAGACACAUUGAAGUUCAUUAGCAUGCACUAUGAAAACAUACAACUUGACAAAUUUCAAACAUUCAUGGGGGUUGAUAAAGAACAAGCGGAGAGAAUAGUGGAGAGUGAAGGCUGGACAUGUAGAAAUGGAUAUGUCAUGCCAAUAGCAAUCAAUGAACCCGAUUUGGGACUAGGUGGUAGUCAAGAAAUCCUGGAUAGAUUGGUGACUUUAUCAUCAUUUACGUCUUAUAUUGAAAAUUAAAUCAGUUUAUGUCUGUGUAUUUAUUCAAUUUAAGGCUGAUCCUAACCUGUCAAAUAAGAUAACUUGGUUUAAAAUUAAUUUUAACAAACAACUGUUGUGUUAAGUACUCAAGUGUAUAAAAAUGUAAUAUCUAUACAUAAGGAUAAUAUUAAAUCUAUAUCUUUUAUAAAUAUCUUCAUCUUUUUUAUUUUAUAUUUAUAUAUAACAUCAUUUACUUAAGUUGAUAAACAAUACUUAGUACUAUGUUUAUGUGUUUUGUUUAAUAAAAUCUAUUGCAUUCUA